AUGAACGGCUAUAAAGUUUCCCAGCCAAAUCCCCGAAAGCGCCGAAGACCUGCGCUAGCGUGCGAGCAAUGUCGACGGCGCAAGGUACGAUGCGACCGGGAAAUGCCAUGUGGACCCUGCAUCAAGUCUCACCCCUCGCUGAACUGCGCAUAUGUUGACGAGGGUAAAGCUGCACUGGACGCUAGGCUAGAGUCAUCUCGAUUUAGUGAGCAUGAUCUUUCGUCGCACUCUGAUGAACAACAUGUUUCUUCGGGCGCUGGCCGGAGCUCUGCCGACCGUGCUCGAAUAGCGCAACUUGAACGCAGUAUUAAAGCCCUGCAGAAUCGCGUGCAUGAUCUGGAGCAAAACAAGGCCCACGGUAGCCAAGACCAUCACCAGGAUGAAGAUACUCAGCAAUUGAGUGGAGAAGUUGAUCGCGUCACUGGCAGACUUAGAGGAUCGGAGCAGCCCCAAACAUUUAUUUCCCCCCUAGCACCUCGCAUCAAAAGCGACAAUGGAAGAACCAAGCUGUUUGGUACGACUCAUUGGGCCCUUGUGUUUCAACAGUUCCGUGUUUUACGCCAAGUGCGAAGCACAGCCAGCUAUACGGAUAGUGAACACAACUCCAUCAGCAAAUCGCUUACAGAUAUCCGCAAGCUGAGAUAUCGUAUUAAGAGUCGGCAAGCACCGCAGCUGGUAGAUCCCGCGCCAGGUCUAUUGAGUGAUUUGCCUCCGAGGGAAAUAUGCGACCAGCUGGUCCAGCAUUAUUUACGCACUCUUGGGAUGAUAUAUCGCAUCUUGCAUGUUCCAACCUUUAACCAAGAAUUUGAAAGUUUCUGGGAAGACCCUCAAUCAGCGUCUAGGGGCUUUUUACUCAAGCUUCUGUUGAUCCUUGCUAUCGGGUCCGUCUUCCAUUGCAAGCCUGGGCCAUUGAAUGAGCUCGGUAUGCCGAUCCAGCGCUGGGUGUAUGCGGCACAGUGGUGGUUGUCCGGUCCAUUUUCGAAGGAGAUUGGAAACCUGGAGGGCUUGCAAGUGUAUUGUCUGCUUCUUAUUUGCCGUCAAACUUAUGCGAUGGAUAAGGAAUCGAACUGGAUGUCGGCUGGAGCAUUAUUGCGCCAAGCGGUCGGCCAGGGACUACAUCGUGAUCCCUGCAACUUUCCAACAAUAUCGAUAUUUGAUGGUGAAAUGCGGCGUCGGAUAUGGGCUACCAUAAUAGAGCUUAAUAUUCAGCUGGCCAUUGAUGCAGCAAUGCCACCGUUACUUGCUGAAACGGAUUACGACACUCGACCACCUGCUAAUAUCGACGACGAGGAUAUCGAUCCCUCUACUACAAUCCUACCUCCGAUUCAACUUCAAGAUUUCUUCACAGACUCUUCGCUGCAAAUUUUGCUCUUGCGGUCUUUUCCGAUCCGCUUGCAAGUCGCAAGGACUAUCAACGAGUGCGGUCGGGAACAGCUCUAUGAAACCGCGUUGCAGCUAGGCAGCGUACUGACUUCGGCCUGUAAAGAGAUGGCAGCACUAUUUCGUACUUAUACGACUAGUACCAGAAGAUCCAAGAACCGACCCACCCAGUUUCACUACCAAUUGAUGGAUACUCUACUCCGACGUUUCUUGUUGAACCUUUAUCGACCAUUUACCAUUCAAGCUGCAAAGGACCCCCGUUUCUAUCUCGCCCGAAAACUCAGUCUCGACUCCGCUCUUAUGAUGGCUUCAUAUGGAGAGAUGCCAGAAGGCCUCGCAGACACAGAUCAGCAACCACAUCAAGACUUCCAGCGACUUGCUCUCUCGGGAUCAGGAUUGUUCAAAGCACACUUGUCCCUGGAUGUAAUGAUCGUCAUCUCAUCAGAGCUGAUCACACAACUCGAAGAAGAAUUUGGCGCUCACCCAGAAGGGAUUCCCCCAUUUACUUCGAGUGCAGUUGACCAAAUCGCGAACGCUGCACGAUUUCCGCUCAUUCAGGCACUGGAACGUAUCAAGGGUCAUCUUUAUACCGGUCUAGAGGCGGGCAUCCCGAGUAUGAAACGGUACUGCCUGCUAGCAGGAGUUCUGGCGCAAGUUCAACCAGUCUCCCGUCAAGAGCAAGGGGAUUGGCCCCAUAUUCGUGAAGCAUUUAUGGUCAGCAUGCAGACUUGUCGUACCCUACUUGAGCAACACAUUUCCGAGUCCCAAGUCACCGAAGAAGGGGCCUUACAAACCGCCAUGGGUGAAUCCAGUAUUUGGACGCCUGAGAGUACAUUUGGCUCUAGUUUAGGUUCGGACUUUAUGUUCACUGAUCUAGGACUGGAUGCGUUGAAUUUUUGGGAUCUCCCUUCGUUUGUUGAUGGCAGUGCAUUCGAUCCGCCCAGAGCUGCCUUUGACGUAUAG